AGCGAGUACGCCGUUGUGGGCUGCUCGCAUGACGCCAUCGUUGCGGACCGGAAAAAAGGGAGUCUGCAGGGCAUGUGCGAAGGGACACUCCUAUAGGUCAAAUUGUUCUCAUAGGAAACUUCCGCCGCCGCCCUUUGAGGAUGUCUCUGGGAAGAGUUUGUUAGAGACCUCAGGAGCGUUAUCAUUCAUUCUUAGGUUUCACAUUGACACAAGACUGGGCAUUGGCUCGGCACGUUGCGAAUGGGUUUCGUCCCUUGGAUUGCAACGCUUGAGGCGUUGCGUGAACUCCUUGAGGGCUUGGAAAGUUUGGCAACAGAUGUCUGAGUGCUCCACUGAGCAGCUUCAUGGCGAGCUGCCAUGCCAACAUGGGGCCAUGGAAGAUCAAAGGGUGACUCAAGGUGUACAGGAGCUCAGUGCCACGGAGGUUCUACUCACCUUGUGGCGCAUGGCUAUCGACCAUGUGGUGCGCUUCAAUCGAGUGCGACUGGUAGGCUUCUGGGCCUUGCUGCCCUCCUGCGUGCCUAUGAUCUGGAGAGCCGUUGCUUCUUCCGCCGAGGACACCAGUAGACCAGACCUCAUUCUCCAAGCUGCAUUCGGUCGUAGCCCACCUGUGCCUGGUGAUGCAAGGUCUGUCGUCGUGCGGCUUCUCGUGCGGCUGAAGACGCGACAGAUUGGUGAUGCGAAGAAAACCAUGCAAUCCAAUGUCAGCAAAGUCGUGAUCUAUGCAGUGGUCACCUCUGCAUUGAUUUGUUACAUGCACGUCUUCCUAGCAGGACUCUUUGCAGUCAUGGGGAUCGUCCACUACAAGCGAAUGAUGAUGGUGCUCCAAUCCAUUUGCCGCCUCACACGGCCACUCUUCUGCGUCUUCCCGAAUCUACCGCAGGCUCAGCUGAGUGGAAGAGUCGGUGUGGAGAAUAUGCGCGCGGUCUUGGCCUGCUUCGAGGUGACACUGCGCUUGGGCGGGAGAUACCAGAACAGAGUGGAGGCUUACAUUGCCACACUGGCGAGUGCGGCAACACUGGGUAUGAGCUUCAUUGUGGUGGGCGUGGUCAUCGGUGUCCACAAUCAGAUGAAUUCCUUCACCGUUGUGAUCCUCUCGUUGAACUUAGGUGUGACAGCGAUCAUGUUUCAGAUGAUCUGGUAUGGAUCAAAGGCCAACGAGAACUUCGGCCUCUUAGCGAAUAACAUCUGCCGGGCGCGGUGGCGAAACUCGGUUCAGAAGGAGGACGAGGACUGUGAGCAGGUGAUGAGCUUGGCCAUGGAGCGGCUGGCGAUCCUGUGCGAGACGGAGCCGGUCAACAUUGCCGGGACAGUGCCCACCUGCGACCUGGGCUACAGCUUGCUGUCAGUGGCUGGCACCAUUGUGGCCUUUGUGAUUGGGAAGCUCUACAACUGGGACAUCCCCGCCUGAGUACCACUCCAGCGGAUCUCCGAGCUCGGAGAUCCG